GAUCCCACGUUACAAUCUCUUUGACUGCUGGCCGGGGGUGGGCUUUAACAGAGCUGAGCGGGGAGAUGGACGUUUCUCUCCCUCGCCGAACCCUGACAAGCUGAUACCGAUCCCCUUCGACUUCAUAUAUAUCCGGAGGGAAAUACUCCACGCCUCUCACACUUCUCUUCAAGCCUCCGGGCCGCCGAGCAGGCUUGUUUCCGAACGUCCCAUACUCGUCCAAGGUGACGAAAUAAUCUUCCCCAGCCCUAAGGCUCAAACAAAGUGUAUACCCUCCCUCCUUGUCAGGGAAAGCAUGAAGCUGAUCUGGCCCCGGUUGAGCACAAACAAGUAAUAAUUUCUUCCUCCUCUUCCCUUGGCCAUUUACCACUGCUCUUCUCGCCCGCUCAUCUUUCCAUAAUGUAGCGGACACGCACCCCUUAUUCCCACCAAACGACUCGACACCGCCCUUCCCACCGCCCUUUUGCUUAAUCAACCCGUUCUCACUGCGCAUAAACACCCCGACCAGGUUCCGCCAGCUAGUCUGAUGAGACUCCUCUCGGCCCUGUACGUCACAGAGUUUCUCCGGCAACCAACUCCAACAAGCACGUGCUGCUGAGCGCCAGAACGUGGCGUCAAUAUAACUAUCCAGGAGAAUAUCGUUGAAGAGGGUGCAUGUUAAAGCGAUAUAUAGCAGAGUCUUUGCACUGUAAAUCCUCAGGUGAUCGGGCAAUCGCGGGGGAUCAGACUCGUCCAGCUUCACCACCGAGGACCCU